AAGCCUGUGUAAUGACAUUAGCACAACAAAAACAGGCGGGAGUAAGUCGUGCGUCCACCGAAAGCAGUAGCCGCUGAAUACAGUAAUAAGUAGUGGCUAGAUCGAUAGAAAUGGAGGCGGUGGAUAGCGACACAAGUCAAUGGGUGACGGACGAACAAGAGGAAAGCACCCGACCCUCGACAUCGCGUGGUCUCGGCGGGUCCAUUAAAACAAAAGAGUUCGAUUCCAUCUUGUACGGUCCAGUUGUGGAUUAUUCGUUCAGAAAUCUGGAAACUUUAUCUGACUGUGUCAAACUGACCCCACGGACUGGCUUCAGACCGAAUGAGUACACAGAGAAUAAGAAGCUGAAGAGCUGCUCCUUGCGUCUGAGCCACAACCGUCUGUGUGACCUCAGUGGGCUGCAGCAGGUGGUUGAUGCCUUGCUUGUGGAACCAGAACGUUUAUUUUGGAUUGACCUCUCCUUCAACAGCUUUCCCAAUAUUGACCCUGUCCUCAUCCAGUGCACCAAACUGCAAAUUCUCAAUCUACACGGUAACCAAAUCAGUGAGCUGUAUGAGGUGGAUAAGUUGGCCUCAUUGCCUCACCUACGGAGCCUGACACUACAUGGCAACCCUCUAGAACUGGUCAAAGGAUACAGGAGUUAUGUGGUGGGGAUUGUCCCACAGUUGAAGUCACUAGACUACAGCACAAUCACCAAACAGGACCGUUCUACUGCCACUAUCCUGAAGUCAUUCACCAAACGCAAGCAUGUUGCUAGAAGAAAGUACGACGACUGAUUCCCAGGUGCUGUCUCACUGGAUUUCUCCUGGUACCUGAUCAGUCUGUAAUCCUGGCUAGAUCAAAGCCACAGAAAGAGAACUCUUUCUGCAACUUUCUCUAAUUGAUAUCAAAAAAAAAACUUUGUUGAGCACUUAUUAUUCUUAAUAAGAUUACUCAAUGUCUCUUCCCCUUCUGGCUGUGCUUGUGUGUGUAUGGAAGGAUGGUGGGAGGGAGCAAAGAGAGAGAGGGGUUAUAAAGGACGAUUACACUCGAAUGUAGAUCAAAUCUCUUGCCCCCUCCCACCCUGCAUUGGACUCCUCCACAGGAAAAGCCAUUAUCAGCUGCAAACUAUAGCUCGAGCACUGCAGCCUUGCUGAUGGAAAUGCCACAGGAGCUAUCUCACCGACAUCAAUCAGGAAAUGGAGACAGUGGGAGAUAGCGGGCACAUAGCAGAAAUGUCCGUGUGUUGAGAUGGGGAUGAAGGGUGUAGGCAUGAAACACCAUCAAACGUUGGAAGGAAAACAACACCUGGUCUUGAGCUGGUCCCUUCCAUGUGCAAAGUUUCUUGAAUCAAGACUUCCAAUUCCAUAACCUUCUCCCAUUUCUUCUCAGUAACAUGUCUCUUCGGAGUUGUAAGAGUUGGAUUUAAAAACCCAAGGUUAAUUGUAGGCUGAAGGUUGCCCUAUCAACCAUAUUAGCAAUUACAGGUAGUGCAGGGAAUCAUAGGCAGUAUGGUGAGCUGGUUAACAGAGACCAUGUAAGAUGCAGAAGCAGUAAUAGACUGUUUGGCCCAUCUACCCCACCUUUCAGUAAAAUCUUGGCUGAACUUAUCCCUCAACUUCACUUUCCUGCCUUUUUCACAACUUUUAUUCCAUUCCCACUGUCUUAACAUACUUAAAAUGACGCAGCCUCAAGAGCCCUCUGGGGUAAAGGAAUUCCAUAAAUUCACUACCAUAUGAAGAAAGACCCCUUCAUUUCUUUUAAAAGGGUGACCCCUUAAUCUCUCCAAUGUUGUCAGAAGGACCGCCAAGUAAAUCAGCACUGACUACCAAAGCCUGACACUACUUUGCUAUUCUGUGCAACAAGGAACUGUCAGUCAUCAAAACAGUUUCCCUUUCUGAUGUAAUUACUUAACAUGAUUUGACUUCACUUCUCUCAGAGGGUUGAGAAUCUGUGGAACUCACUGCCCGAGUGCAGUGGAGGCAGAAAUCAACCUUUUGAUAAAAAUCAGAAGGGAUAAAAGGUUCUGGGAAUCAGACAGGAAAGUGGAGUUGAGACCAGCAUAUGAAAAGCCUUGACCAUUUUAAAUGGCAGAGCUACUCAAAGGAUUGAAUUGCCUUCUCACACUCCAAAUUCCUAUGACCCUGACUCUCCAUUUAAUUUAAAAUCUCCAAUCACUUCAUUCACAAGUCCCUCGUUGCUCUUCUCAGGCUGUACAGACAAGUUGGCUUUUUCAUUUAACUGAUUAACACACAUUUUAUAUUGGGAAAUCAAUUCUGUGACUAUGUCAAAAUCUUAUCCAGAACCUCAA